AUGCCUGAAGAUUUGUCCAAUAUCACAUCGUCAACAGCUCAGUAUAAACCCCAUAUUAAUGUAAACAUUAAUAAUAUUACUGCUUUAUCCACAUCAAUCGACCAUUAUAACGCACCUUCAAAUAAUAAUAUUCGACUUUUAUUUGAAAAUAAUAUCGAUAUCAAUCGCCUUAUCUUUAAUUUAACGCCGACAUACAUGCCUUUCGACAUCACAAGUACAGCUAUUGUCUCUACAUCAUUAAUUUCUUCGCCUAUAUCACAAGCCCAAAUGUCUAUCUCUGAAUAUGCUUCCAUACACUCGACUAGAAAUUUCAAUUAUGUUUAA